CGGGGCGGAAGCUGGUGCGGCUCCGGCCGGCGGUUGCUCAGCUGCCCGGACGCCCUGGACCCGAGCCCCCGCGCCCGCCGCGGGCCGCCAUGUCGUUGCUGCAGUCUGCGCUCGACUUCCUGGCGGGCCCCGGCGCCCUGGGCGGCGCUGCCGGCCGCGACCAGACCGACUUUGUGGGGCAGACGGUGGAGCUGGGCGAGCUGCGGCUGCGGGUGCGGCGGGUCCUGGCCGAGGGAGGGUUUGCAUUCGUGUAUGAGGCUCAGGAUCUGGGAAGUGGCAGAGAGUAUGCGCUGAAGAGACUGCUGUCCAACGAGGAGGAGCGGAACCGCGCCAUCAUCCAGGAGGUGUGCUUCUUGAAAAAGCUUUCUGGCCACCCCAACAUUGUCCAGUUUUGCUCUGCAGCGUCCAUAGGGAAAGAGGAGUCGGACACGGGGCAGGCCGAGUUCCUGCUGCUCACGGAGCUCUGCAGAGGGCAGCUGGUGGAGUUUCUGAAGAAAAGCGAGACCAAAGGGCCGCUGUCGUGCGACGCCAUCCUGAAGAUCUUCUACCAGACGUGCAGGGCUGUGCAGCACAUGCACCGGCAGAAGCCGCCCAUCAUCCACCGGGACCUCAAGGUUGAAAACUUACUGCUGAGUAACCAGGGGACCAUUAAGCUGUGCGACUUUGGCAGCGCCACGACCAUCUCGCACGUCCCCGACUACAGCUGGAGUGCCCAGCGGCGGGCCCUGGUGGAGGAGGAGGUCACCAGGAACACAACGCCCAUGUACAGGACGCCCGAGAUCGUGGACCUGUACUCCAACUUCCCCAUCGGCGAGAAGCAGGACAUCUGGGCGCUGGGCUGCAUCCUGUACCUGCUGUGCUUUGGGCAGCACCCUUUCGAAGACGGCGCCAAGCUUCGCAUCGUCAACGGGAAGUACUGCAUCCCUGCUGACGACACUCGGUACUCCGUGUUCCACGGCCUCAUCCGCGCCACGCUGAAGGUCAACCCGGAGGAGCGGCUGUCCAUCACCGAGCUGGUGAACCAGCUGCAGGAGAUCGCGGCUGCCCGGAGCGUGAACCCCAAGGCGCCCAUCACCGAGCUCCUGGAGCAGAAUGGGGGCUAUGGGAACGCUGCCCCGUCCCGAGGGCCACCUCCUCCCGCGGGGCCCGUGAGCAGCGGCCAAGGCGGAGGCCUGGCGGUUGCUGAGUACGAGCAGCCCUACGGCGGGCUCCUGGACAUCCUGCGGGGGGGCCCCGGGCGCCUGCUCACCAACCUCAAGGACACCUCCUCCAAGGUCAUCCAGUCCGUCGCCAAUUACGCGAAGGGAGACCUGGACAUAUCCUACAUCACAUCCCGCAUCGCAGUGAUGUCCUUCCCGGCGGAGGGUGUGGAAUCCGCCAUCAAAAACAACAUCGAGGACGUGCGCUUGUUUCUGGACUCCAAGCACCCGGGGCACUACGCCGUCUACAACCUGUCCUCAAGGACGUACCGGCCCGCCAAGUUCCACAACCGCGUGUCCGAGUGCGGGUGGGCCGCCCGGCGGGCCCCGAGCCUGCGCAGCCUCUACAGCAUCUGCAGGGACAUGCACUGGUGGCUGCGGCAGGACCACAAGAACGUGUGCGUGCUGCACUGCACGGACGGGCGAGCGGCGUCGGCUGUGGCCGUCUGCUCCUUCCUGUGCUUCUGCCGGCUCUUCAGCACCGCCGAGGCCGCCGUGUACAUGUUCAGCAUGAAGCGCUGCCCACCGGGCAUUUGGCCGUCCCACAAAAGGUACAUUGAGUACAUGUGUGACAUGGUGGCGGAGGAGCCCAUCACGCCCCAUAGCAAGCCCAUCCUGGUGCGGGCCGUCGUCAUGACGCCCGUGCCGCUGUUCAACAAGCAGAGGAGCGGCUGUCGGCCCUUCUGCGAGGUCUACGUGGGGGAUGAGCGCGUGGCCACCACGUCCCAGGAGUACGACAGGAUGCGGGAUUUCAGGAUUGAGGACGGCAAGGCGGUCAUCCCCCUGGGCACGGCCGUCCAAGGGGACGUGCUCAUCGUCAUCUACCACGCGCGGUCCACCCUGGGAGGCAGGCUGCAGGCCAAGAUGGCGUCCAUGAAGAUGUUCCAGGUCCAGUUCCACACGGGAUUCGUGCCUCGGAACGCAACCACCGUGAAGUUCGCCAAGUAUGACCUGGACGCCUGUGACAUUCAGGAGAAAUACCCAGAUCUGUUCCAAGUGAGCCUCGAGGUGGAGGUGGAGCCCCGAGACCGGCCCAGCCGGGAGGCGCCGCCCUGGGAGAGCACCAGCAUGAGGGGGCUGAACCCCAAGAUCCUCUUUUCCAGCCGAGAGGAGCAGCAGGACGUCCUGUCUAAAUUUGGGAAGCCCGAGCUCCCCAGGCAGCCAGGCUCCAGCGCCCAGUACGACGCCGAGACGGGAUCUCCCGACACUGAGCCCACGGAGUCAGAGUCCCCGCAGAGCAGUGGCACGGACACCAACCACUUUCUGCACACGCUGGACUGGCAGGAGGAGAGAGACGGAGAGCCGGGCCCAGAGAGCAACUUUGCCCAGGAGACACCAUCCGUCCCGGCUGCGGACGCAGGGGAGAGCGAGCCAUCAGACGAGGAUGUGGCCACGCUCUCCGCCGAGAGCAGGGACACGGCAGACGAGGACACGCCAGGCCCAGCAGCGAAGGCCCCAGAGCAAGAGUUGAUUUUCGAUGCAAACAGGCCAGCCACGCCGCAGGAGCCCAGGCAGCCAGAGGAUGGCGUCGACCUGCUGGGGCUGCACUCCGAGGCAGGGCCAGCACCCCCUCAGGCCCCUGGAGGGCCCCCCAGCAACGCCGACCUGCUCAGCUGCCUCCUGGGAGCCCCGGAGGCUGCUCCCGAGGGUGCCCCAGGCGACCUCCUCGGUGGGGAGACCCCCCUGCUCUUCACGAGUCCCGCCCCCACCACAGGCGGGCCCCCCGCAGCCGCCGACCCGUUCGACUCUCUCCUGCUGACAUCCGAUCCAGACGCCCAGCCCUGCUCCAAGCCCAACCUCUUUGGUGAAUUUCUUAAUUCAGACUCUCUGGCCACUCAGCCUGCGUCCUUCCCCUCCACCCACAGCGCCCCGCCCCCGGCCUGCAGCACCGACUUCCUGCAGCUGGGGGACGCGCCAGCCGAGCCCAGCAGGAUGUCCGCCUCGGCCAGCCACCCGGACCUGCUGGGAGGAUGGGACUCCUGGGCUGAGGCGCCGGCCCCUGCUCCAGCCACAGAAGGCCCCUUCUUCCCUCCUGGUGGCCCGCCAGCCCCUCCUGGCCCCCCGGCCAGCCGGGCCAAGUCUCAGAGCCUGGACCCGUUUGCAGACCUCGGGGACCUCAGCUCCAGCCUCCAAGGCUCACCCGGUGGAUUCGCUCCUGGGGGCUUCGGUCCCAAAGCAGCCCCCCCUCCCAAGGGCGGCAGCUCCUGGCAGACAAGUCGGCCCCCGGCCCAGGGCGCCUCGUGGGCCCCCCAGACCAAGCCACCCCCCAAAACCUGUGCACAGCCAAGGUCUAACUACACCACGAGCUUCAGCGUUAUCGGCGGCCGAGAGGAGCGGGGUGUCCGCGUCCCCAGCUUUGCUCAGAAGCCGCGGGUGUCAGAGAACCAUUUUGAAGACCUGCUGUCGAACCAAGGCUUCUCCUCCAAGGCCGACAAGAAGGGGCCGAGGACCAUUGCCGAGAUGAGGAGGCAGGACCAGGCGAGGGACGCGGACCCACUCAAGCUGAAGCUCCUGGACUGGACCGAGGGCAAGGAGAGGAACAUCCGCGCCCUCCUCUCCACACUGCACACCGUGCUGUGGGACGGCGAGAGCCGCUGGACGCCCGUGGGCAUGGCUGACCUGGUGACGCCCGAGCAGGUGAAGAAGCAGUACCGCCGGGCUGUGCUGGUGGUGCACCCCGACAAGGCCACGGGGCAGCCCUACGAGCAGCAGGCCAGGAUGAUCUUCAUGGAGCUGAGCGACGCCUGGUCCGAGUUCGAGAGCCAGGGCGCCCGGCCCCUCUUCUGAGCCCUCUGGUCGGAGCUGCACGUGGACCAGGGGCUGCCGUUGGCCGCCGAGCCCUGCCAGGCUGAGGCGGGGAGGCGGCUGCACCGGCCGCUGCGCCUCGAGGACUGGAGCCGCCGCGGGCGGGAAGAGCAUUCCGAACCCCUUGGUUUCCUUUUCUUUUCCCAAAGGAAAGUGUUGAUUCGCGUUCCUCCCCGUCGUCACGUCUGUGAUUUGUUGGUUCAGGGCCGUCCCCCGAGAGCGUCCCCUCCGGGCAGAGCGCUGCUGCGUCCUCUGCCCGCGUGACGUCCGUGCCCAGGCGUGAUCAGCCUGAGGCCGCCUGUACAUAAUUAAACUAUUUUCUGACGA